UUUCUGUUCCUGACUUUUUGUUGAUUUUUCUCAUUUUUUUCGUAAUUUUUGAAAUUUUGAUAUAUGUGAACUUGUGUCAAAAUGGAUUCUUAUAUGUCAAGUUUUAGAUGGACCCUGCUUCUGACUGUUUUGCUGUUAUUUACGAGGUUUUUCAUGCUGACAACAUGUCUGCCCUCUGACUUCGAUUACACCCAGGGAGCUAGUGUUUCGUACACGUAUACACGAGCGGAGCUAUUGUCAUACCGCCACACGGAGGAGGUGGAGUGCAAGCCCAAUGGAUACGAGAACUUUCCGCGGGAAAUAAAGCCACGCAAGAGGGGUAAGCCUGGUGGUCUUCGACGCAGAGUAAGGAGGCGCAGACUUAAAACACCAUUACCUUCAAUUGUUUUUGGAAAUGUACGCUCACUACAGAAUAAAAUGGACGAAUUACGCGCAAAUGUCCGGUACCUCAACGAAUACAGGGAAGCAAGCUUGUUUUGUUUCACGGAGACCUGGCUCCAUACUGCCAUACCAGAUAGUGCAAUAGAGAUAACAAAUUUCGAAGUUGUCAGAAGUGACAGAACUGCAAAAUCCGCUUGGUAACUCUGAUCACUGCAAUAUUCUUCUACGUCCAAAAUACAGACAGCAGCUCAAAUCACGAAAGCCGGUCACCGGAGAGAAGC